AUGGAGGCCGGUCCGGCCACCCACACCACGAUAUAUCGAGCCACAGCGGCCGGAGGAGCACACGCCGAGCGAAGAGGCGACCGCGCAGCCGAUGCCACAACCACAGAAGGAGGAAGUCCACCAGGCACGGGCGGAGGAGCCGUCGGUGGUGCGGACGGAGGUGCCGGACGCGCACGUGAGCCAGAGCACACGGGCGUUCGUGGCCGAGGGCGUGCGUUGGCGGCAGCAGACGCUGGUAUGGACGUGGCCCGAGGGGCCCGCGGCAGGACCGACGAAGGAGGAGCCCAGGAUAUGGGAGGAGGGGGUACCCAAGGUCAACCCUCGGGACCCCCGGACAAGAAGCCGACAGGAUGCGUGGGUCCCGCCGACACCAAGCACGGGCCCGCCAACACCGGCGACGACGGCAACGACGGGGGAGGCAGAGUCGCUGGAGAAGGGACCGUGGGUGUGGCCCGAGCCACCGGCCACCCAAAGACCUCCGUUUCAGCGGCAAGUUUCGACGCCCGGAUCGACGCGCCCGCGGCCGCAGUUCAUGCGGCAAGUGUCGGCCCCGUAAGAAGGCGGUUGGCGCGAGGUUGCCAGGAGCGAGUGGCCGGAGGGGAUUGA